GCCAGUUCAAGAGUGCAUCAUACGUGCUCUCUCGCAUUUCUCCGUUUGGCCGUCUGUGAAUUGCAAAGAUGUCGGCGUAUCGGUGGAAGAGCUUCCACGAGGACGAGGAUCGGCCGGAGAAGCCUCGCCGAUUUGGUGUGACGGAGAUGAGAGGCCCGCAUUAUACCCUCUUGACCCAGAACGUACUUCAGGAUAUUUUUGAAUCUAUGGGGCAGUUUGUUGAUGGGCUGAAGUUUGCUGGAGGUUCCCAUAGUUUGAUGCCAAAAAAUUUUAUCAAAGAAGUCACUGACAUGGCCCACAAACAUGAUGUAUAUGUCAGUACAGGUGAUUGGGCUGAACAUUUGCGGGGCAAGGGUCCAUCUGCUUUCAAAGAAUAUAUAGAGGAGUGUAAGCAUUUGGGAUUUGACACAAUCGAGCUAAAUGUGGGUUCACUAGGAAUUCCAGAAGAAACUCUUUUGAGAUUUGUGCGUUUGAUUAAGAGUGAUGGUAUGAAAGCCAAGCCUCAAUUUACAUUGAAGAUUAACAAGUCUGAUAUUCCCAUUGGAGGUGAUAGAGCAUUUGGGGCUUAUAUUGUCCCACAGCCUCAAACCUAUGAAAUGGUUGAAGAUGUUGAUCUCUUGAUCAGAAGGGCUGAGAGAUGCUUAGAAGCUGGGGCGGAUAUGAUAAUGAUCGAUGCUGAUGAUGUCUGCAAAUAUGCUGAUUCUGUACGGGCAGAUGUCAUUGCAAAGGUCAUUGGGCGUCUAGGUCUUGAGAAGACCAUGUUUGAAGCAUCAAGUGCCCAGACCUCUGAGUGGUUCAUCAAGCACUAUGGUCCCAAGGUGAACCUCUUUGUGGAUCAUUCUCAAGUCAUGGAUUUGGAGUGCCUCCGAGGGCGUAACUUGGGUAAAAACCACACAUCUGUUCUUGGUUCUUCAUACUUUCUGUUCUGAUCUAGUGCUGCUCUGCACUGAUACAUAGUGCUUGUUGGAGUUGUAUGUUUUUUUUUUACAAUGUUGUAUUUUGUUCCAAUCGUGUUUGAAGGCUAUCCAUAUAAUGACUGAAAAGCGUGAGUGGGGAAGUGCUUUAAUUUGCUGUCACUGCAGUAAAAGCUUAACUAGUUUGUGUUUAUAUAAUGUUUUGUUUUUAUGGUCUA